CCCACUUCAACAGAAUCACCAGAUAGUCAAUGGAGCUCUUUUUUACACCGUUUUGAAAAAGGAUGACGGGUGAUUUGAAUCCGUGGGAGCCUGGUCUGCGCAGCGCCUGAGAACAACCUCUUUAUCUGAUCUCCGACUCCUGUCAAGCCGAAGCUCAUCCAGCAAAGACUCCUGUUUCGUAUUAUUGUUUGAUAUUAACUGUAGGAUCGUUAGCUUGCACCAUGGCGAGUGUCGCAUCCUCUUUUGCUGGCGAGGUCAGGCACCAGCAUACACUUUCCAGUUCCUCAAAUCUGCGAACUUCCCUCCGUCAGUCCUCCCCGACUACCUCGCAACCGCAAUCGCGUAUAUCUUCAUUCGCCAGCAACUCAUCCUCCAGCUCAUCCUUUCGCAAUGAGGAAGAUGCGAUUAUAUUUGAGAUGGGUUCACGGUGGUUCCGUGCGGGAUUCGAAGGCGACAGCAGCCCCAUGUGCGUCGUGGGGUUCGGUCCCGAGGAGUCGAGAAGGGUUGGUGAUUAUAGAGACUGGUUAAAGGGCAAUUCGUCCGAUAUUCCUGUUCCUGAGUCUCAAUAUACAAAGGAUGCGGAAGACUGGGCUCGCGAGUAUGAACUCUGGCGCAUGAAUUUGCGGGACCUCGAUCUUCGUCUGGUGGAGGAUAAGAUUGAGAGAGCGUUUCGCGACGUCUACAAUAAGUAUUUGCUGACAGACACCGGGACGUCGCGACUAGUACUUGUCUUGCCGUCUGUUAUGCCCCAUCCAUUGCUCUCUUCGGUAUUGUCGACUCUUUUCAGUCGUUGGCGAUUUCCCAGCAUCACCCUCUUGUCCGCUCCUACGAUGUCAACAGUGGCAGCGGGACUGCGUUCGGCUCUGGUGGUAGAUCUUGGCUGGGCAGAGACUACGGUUACGGGGGUGUACGAAUACAGAGAAAUUACAACUAGACGAAGUACAAGGGCAAUGAAAUCAUUGCUCCAGGAAACAGGGAGGUUUCUCACUAAUCUAGCUGCGUGCAAUCAUGGCAGCAAUACAUCGAAUGAUAUUGCAGUUCCGUUUCAGUAUGCCGAAGAGGUCGUCAGUCGAUUUGUAUGGUGCAAGUCGCGUGAAAGCGACAAGAGCUCUGCUCGUGAACAUCCGACAAGCCCACUGGAGGAGUCAAGCUCAGCGGAUUCCUUGAAACAGAAAACCAUUUCGAUACCAUCUCCAUCGAAUCCCAGCGCGAACUACAUAGAUAUCCCCUUCUCAGACUUUGCAGAUAUAGCGGACAAGGUUCUUUUCGCCAAAGGCAUAGCAGAAUGUGAACUAGACGAUGAGGAAAAGCCUAUCCCGUUGCUUGUCUACAAUGUACUUCUUGCUCUUCCCCCGGACACCCGCGGAACAUGCAUGUCCCGGAUUAUUUUCACUGGCGGCGGAUCUCGCAUUCCGGGUAUUCGACGACGCAUUUUGCAGGAAGUGGCAGCAUUGUUCGAUAAAUACGGCUGGAGCCACAUGCGAGGCAAAGUGAUUGAUAUCGAAUACGAACGGCGCAAGUUGCAAAAUCUUAAUAUCUCACAUCAGCGGCCCUCAUCCGGAGCAUCCUCUAGCACGACUUCUCAAGCGGAAAAUGGAGAGGAAGAGAUCGAUUUCGUUGAACAGCGACUCCGGCGCAACAACAAAGACAGAAACCUGCCUUGCGUCCACGGAGUUUUGCGUGAAGUUGAUUCCCUAGGUCCCUGGGCCGGGGCCAGUUUGGUAACGGGCCUGAAGAUAAGAGGUCUCGUGGAGAUCGAGCGGGAGAAGUAUCUCCAGCAUGGCCUGGCCGGCGCUAGUCGGGAUACAGAAUCUCACGCUCAUGUCCCUGAUCGGCGGUCUGGUUUGCGAUCUGGGGGCGAUCGUUCAAGCUGGACAUUAGCCGGUUGGGCAUAGGACAGGAUGUGUUCCAUUCGAGUUACGUUGGAAAGGUCUGAGUCGGUUACGUUAUAUCCAUUCUAAAUAUGCAUAUGAUUUACAUUUAUUGAGUUCUAGUGUCGAGCGCAGGCGCAUGAAUAGAUAUGAAAUAUGAAUUCAUCUUCCC